AACCCGUUAGCAUGUUGCUGUAUGCUGCUUUUUUGGUCGCUUGGGCGUCCACGUUCGGCUUUGGUCAAGCCGAGGUGGCAAGUUGGGACUCCACAUAUGUCGCCGCUGUGUACGAACACCGCGUGAUCCUGAAUCCGGACCCCCAUAUCCCACUUUCUCGGCUGGAUGCCCUCCAACACAUGCGCAAGAAUCUUGCCGUAUACGAGGAGCAAGCGGCCCUGGCUGCCCGCCAGGGUGCGCAAAUCGUGGUGUUUCCAGAAGAUGGUCUUCAGGGUUUCAACUUCAGCCGUUCGUCCAUUUCUGGCUACUUGGAGACCAUUCCUGACCCCCAAGAGGAUACGUGGAACCCAUGCAUGGAACCAGGAAGGUUUAAUAAUACAGAGGUUCAGCAGCAGUUGAGCUGCAUGGCUCGCCGCCACAACCUUUACGUGGUAGCCAACAUGGCCGACGUGCAGCCCUGCCCCCUGAAGACAGAACCCACCUCUUCUUGUCCCUCAGACGGACGCUGGCAGUUCAACACCAAUGUGGUUUUCAGGUCCGAUGGACUGUUGGUGGCGCGCUACCAUAAGCAGAAUCUUUAUUUUGAGGAAGCAUUUGACACUCCGCCACAGCCAGAGAUCAUCAGUUUUGAGACCCCCUUUGCUGGGAGGUUUGGUCUUAUCACCUGCUUUGACAUCCUCUUCUACGAGCCCAUGGUCACCCUGCUGGAGAAGGGUGUGCGUCAGCUGAUCUUCCCCACGGCUUGGAUCAACCAGCUGCCCCUCCUGGAUAGCAUCCAGUUCCAGCGGGCGUUCAGCCUGGGCGCCGACGUGACGCUGCUCGCCGCCAACAUUCGCAGCGACCGACUCAUCAUGACAGGAAGUGGUAUCUACACUCCUUUUGCAGCCACCUACCACCACGCGCAGAGCGGAGACCCCGAGGAGGGCCGCCUGCUGGUGGCCAGGAUCCCCGUGUUGGGUGUGGCCGCAGAAUAUUGCAGAGUCAAGGAGACCGCCACAGAUUCAGGAUACUGUCACCAUGAUGACUCUCCACUGCCCUCUUCCACAUUCACCUCCACCAUGAUGUAUGAUCCAUUCAAAUUUGCCUGGCUUAACGGCACAGAAGGCCACCUUAUCGUGUGCGACGGCGCUUUCUGUUGCCGCUUGCAGUUCCAGCGUUCUCCGCAGAGCAAAAGUGAUGAGUUCUACGCACUGGGAGCUUUUGCCGGAACACACACAGUCAACGGACGUUAUGCUGUGCAGGUGUGUGCAGUGGUCCGUUGCGCAGGGUCCGAAGCCAGCUCCUGUGGACAGGAAGUCGAAGAGGCGGAGACUAAAUUAGACUUUGUUCUGGAGGGAGAGUUUGGGAGCAAAUAUGUGUACCCGUCAGUGCUGGUGAGCCGUUACAUCCUGGAGCAGCCAGAACAUGUGGAGAAAAACACAGAUGGAAGGGUGACCAUGAAACAUUCAAACACGACAGGCGGGCUGGUCACGGCAUGCUUGUACGGACGCCUCUAUCGCCUGGACAAUGAAUGACCCGCUGUGAGUUUGUCAGGGGAUAGCAAAACACAUUAAACAUGCACUUGACUGGAACUAGUAAGAGGAACACUGUCUUAAAAUUGUGAAGUAAAAAAAAAAAAUACUUCCUCUUUACAAACAUUGCAGGAAAGGUGAUUGUUCCUGAAAAGGCAAUAUUUAAUCAUGAUGCACUCACGCACUUACUCAAACAUCAAGUAGUUUGGCUGCUGAUUCCACACCAAUCCUUCAUAAAAAGAGGUUCCAUCCA